AUGGCUAAAGCCUAUGAUUAUUUAUUUAAAUUGCUUCUCAUUGGUGAUAGUGGCGUAGGAAAAACAUGUGUGCUUUUGCGUUUCUGUGAUUCGGCAUUUAGCACGACUUUCAUUUCAACUAUCGGAAUUGACUUUAAAAUUCGAACUAUCGACCUCGAUGGCCGUAAGAUCAAAUUACAAAUAUGGGAUACUGCCGGUCAAGAACGAUUCAAAACGAUUACAACUGCCUAUUAUCGUGGUGCAAUGGGAAUUAUGUUAGUAUAUGAUAUAACUAGUGAAAAGAGUUUUGAUAACAUCAAAAACUGGAUUCGUAAUAUUGAAGAACACGCAUCAGCGGAAGUAGAGCGAAUGCUUAUAGGAAAUAAAUGCGAUAUGCAGGAUAAACGACAAGUCAGUCGAGAAAAGGGUGAACAUUUGGCCACGGAAUACGGAAUUAAAUUCAUGGAAACUAGUGCCAAAGGAAAUAUCAAUGUGGACGAAGCAUUUCUUUCUCUUGCCAAAGAUAUCAAAGCCAAAAUUGACAAAAAAGCGGGUACCGAUCAAACUGGUAAUCGAGUAGUGUCAGGUGGUAUUAGGCCAAAAGCAGAUACAAAUAAGAAAUCUGGUACAUCGUUUUGGUCUCGUUGUUCCUUGUUCUAA